CAUGGAUAUUUUACCUCCCAAUGAUAUUUAUAUAAAUGAAAUAUGUCCGGGUAUGUCCGGAACAUACCCAAAUUUUCCAACAUUAAGGAAGACAAAUAUGUAUUUCAAGACAAAUAUGUGAAGAUGGCUUGGGCACGUAGAAAGGAUAGGUGAAGAUCAAUACCCAAAAAGACUAUUAUAUGGUAAACCAGGAGGCAAAAUAAGGACAGGAAGGCCCAGACUUCGAUGGAUUGAAGAUGUGGAGGACGAUUUGCAGAAGAUGGGAAUUGGAGAAUGAAGAAUCCGGGCCGCUAAUAGAGAGGACUGGAGAGGCGUUGUGGAGGCCAAGGCAGUAUAAGGGCUGUAGAGCCUCGGAAGUAAAAAGUAUUCCCCAGCGCUAUGUCUUUGGAUUUAUGGGUUUCCUCGGCGUGGCCAACGCCUACAUCAUGAGGGCCUGCCUUAGCAUCGCCAUCGUGAGGAUGGUGAAGCCCGUGGUACACGAUGAAACUUUAGGCUCCUCCGAGUCCAUCUGUCCGUAUCAAGAAGAAACCUCCCAUCACAAUACCACAAUUAGUUCGGGGGACGGCUACGAUUGGAACGAGUCGACGCAGUCCCUGGUCCUGGCUGCCUUCUACUACGGCUACAUCGUGACGCACAUCCCGGGAGGACUCCUGGCCCAGCGCUACGGCGGCAAGCACACCAUGGGCUUCGGCAUCUUCUCCACCGCCCUCUUCACGCUGCUCACGCCCUGGGUAGCCUCUAUGGGAGCGGUGCCUCUCAUUGUCUUGAGGGUACUCAUGGGCUUAGGAGAGGGAACAACUUUUCCUGCUCUCAGCACUCUCCUAUCGCAGUGGGCACCACCACUGGAAAGGGCUAAAUUAGGUUCCCUUGUUUUCGCUGGUGUCCAAAUCGGAACUGUGCUGGCAUCAGCUAUUUCUGGUUUUAUCCUUCAGUACUUCCACUGGCCAGCAGUCUUCUAUGUCUGGGGAGGAGUUGGUAUGGUUUGGUUUCUCCUCUGGUGCCUGUUGUGCUACAAUGAUCCUUCGUCACACCCUUUUAUAUCUGAAAAAGAAAAGGAGUACCUUUCUAAGACAAUAGGGGCUACAGAAAGGGAUAAGGAUGUGGGAGGAACACCUUGGAUUGCAAUUUUGAAAUCACCAGCUGUUUGGUCCUUGACUAUCGCUGAGAUGGGACAUGACUGGGGACUUUACACAAUGGUUACUGAUCUUCCGAAAUAUAUGAAUGAUGUCAUGCACUUCAAUAUAUCCCAGAAUGGAGUUUUGUCAGCACUACCAUAUCUUGUCAUGUGGCUGGUUUCAAUUUUGCUUGGGUAUAUGGCAGAUAAAAUUCAACAACGAAAGAUAAUAGGAAUCACUAACCUCAGAAAAAUUUUGGCAACAAUAGGUGCUAUUGGACCAGCUGUUGGUGUUAUUCUGGCAUCAUAUGCAGGCUGUGAUAAAACAUUGGUUGCUGUACUUUUCACCAUUGGAAUGGGUUUCAUGGGUUUUUGUUAUGCCAGCCUUCGAGUCAAUUCCCUUGACUUGAGCCCUAACUUUUCUGGAACUAUAAUGGCUAUUGUAAAUGGAUUAGGUUCCAUUUCUGGAAUGGUUGCACCAGUACUUUUGGGAGCAUUAACCCCAAAUAAAUCACUUUUGGAAUGGAGGGUAGUAUUUUGGAUCAUGUUUGGCAUACUGAAUGGAACUAAUGUCCUAUUUAUAAUGUUUGGUUCUGGAGAAGUUCAACCAUGGAAUGAGCCUAAAGAAAAGGAGGACACAAAACUAGAUGAAAUGUAACUUUCUGAUGUAAUAUAUGUUUGUAAAUAUGUAAUUAUAAUCAAAAGCAGUGGAAAAGUUUUAAUUUUGUAUAGUAUUUAUUGUAAAGUAUGUCAAAAAAGAUGAAUUUAUUAUUACUAUUAAGAAUAAAUUAAUUGUUAAGUAUUGUUUUUUCAAAUCCAUUUUCAAUUUUUUUUAAAGUUAAAGUAUAUAUUUAAAAAUAGGCGAAUUUAUUACAAAUCUAAAGAAUAAAAUUAUUCCUCAAGAAUUGUACCUUUUUAUUAUUAAUCAUACCAUAACAUUUUGAAAGAUAAAGUCAAUUUUUUUUUACUCA